UCCGAGAGUCCAAGUGGAUUAAGUGAAUUUAACUAUUUCCCUUUGAAUUUAGGGCAGGAACAAGUCGUAUACUAUAUCAGGGCUAUCGGAGAGUCAAAUUUGUUGGCACGGUGUCUUGGGCACAGUUUCCUGUCACAGCUUAAAGUUGUGUUCACUUCAUUGUUCACCUACCUACCUACCUAGGUACCUACGUAGCUAGGUAGCUAGGUAGCUAGGUAUGCAUGAACGCAUCAAUCAAAUUCACCAUUCUUUCCUUAUCUUCAUCGUCUUACUGUCUCGAGACCAUAUCAACUCAUACAUACACAACGGACGACACUAACCUUUCUGACUCAAGGUUGUCUGUUAUUUCCUAUCCCCAGGUGCAGGAUUUCGCAAGAAAGCUUGAAUCUCUCAUUUCACCCAAUCAACAACCCAGGUCCUAUUCUCUAUCGGGCGUAGUGUCAUCCGGCGUAGCACAUACAUACAUAACUCAUACGCCAUGCGCACUUAUUUUUCUUGGAAUAGCGAGGAUACUUUUCUUAAGAAUAAAGGGAAGGCAGUGUGUGCUACUACAGAGAACGAAAGUGAAAGUACAGUUCCACUCCUAAACAUGGAUUCCUCAAACAUGAUUGAUGGGAAGAGUGAGGAUGGUGUGGCAAAUUCUACACACGUUAAAGACUUUACGUCUCCAUCAAGGCAAAGUAACUCACGCGACGGUCGCAUUUCACCAGUCUUGAAGACAUCGAUUGACGCCGAAGGAUUGACCGCCGAUCCAAUUCCCGAUGGCUUGUCGAUACAGGACAAAAAGAUCUUGUUGGUUGCGAGGGAAAUUGACAUCAUGGGCAUGGGAAGAUAUCAGUGGUAUAUAUGGAGCUUAUGUGGCUUGGGGUACUUUUUGGAUCUACUCUGGGCGCAGGCAUUCGGGUUGAUUGCACCGGUUAUGCAGAGGGAGAUGGGAAUUUCUGAUACCCAAUUAGGUCGUCUGUUUACAGUGGUCAACGCUGGUUUGACUGUGGGAGCUUUUGUAUGGGGUGUCUUGGUAGAUAUCAUUGGUCGCAAAUGGGCUUUCAAUGGCACGGUUUUCAUCACCUCUAUCUUUGGUAUUUGCAUGGCAAUACCUAGUUCUUACAAUGGUCUUCUUGUGUUAGUUGCCUUUACAGGCUUUGGCAUUGGAGGAAAUAUUCCUAUAGACACAACAAUUGCUCUGGAAUUCCUUCCCCAGAAAAACCGUUUCAUGUUGGCACUCCUGUCCGUUUUCCAACCGAUUGGAGUUGUAGUUUGCAGCGGCAUAGCUUACGGAUUUAUACCCAACUUUUCCUGCGCGACAGACCUGAAAUCAUGCAAAGCAAACGAUUUAACACCAGGAGCUGAAUGUUGUUCCAAGAAAGAUAACAUGGGAUGGAGAUAUCUCCUAUAUACACUGGGCUCGAUAUCCUUGCUUGUAUUUUUAAUGCGAUUCUUCAUAUUCACCUUUCAAGAGUCGCCCAAGUAUCUUCUCAGCAAGAACAGGGACGUUGACGCUUUCAGAGUGUUAGAAAAUAUUGCAAAAACGAACAGAAAAACUUUGACCAUUACAAUCGAGGAUUUUAGGGCUUUGGAUAAUCCGGAUGAAAUUCAAUCUCCCAUCUCCACUACGUCUGGCAACGCUCGCCUUCAAGGUGGAAAAAUUCCUGGCGAUUUAACUUUGCGUCAAAAGAUCAAAAAGGAAGUGAAGAGGAUUGGGGUUCUAUUCAAAACAAAGCAAAUGGCACGAGUUACCAUAUUGGUAUGGAUAAUAUACGCAUUCGACUACUGGGGAUUCUCCGUCUCAGGUGCAUUUCUUCCUACAAUUUUGGCACGGAAGGGUCUGGAAAAAGCAGUUGGAUACUCCGCAACUUACCGUAAUUUUGUCAUCAUUUACACGCCGGGUAUAGUAGGUGUAGGUUUAGGAGCUUUGAUGGUAAAAGUGUCUCGAACAGGAAGACGAAUUUCCAUGAUUGUUUCAUCUGCAUUAAUGGCGACAUCAUUCUUUCUCUUCGCGGCAGUCAAUACUCAACCAGCAAACGUGGGACUUAGCGUCAUGGAAUAUUUCUUUCAAUCUAUGUUCAACUCGGUACUCUAUGGCUGGACACCAGAAGCGUUUCCGGCAUCGGUAAGAGGAACAGCUAGUGGAAUGGCUAGUUGUUGGGGCAGGUUGUUUUCUAUCUUCAGCCCAUUGAUCGCGGCGAAGUUGCUGGCUAUGAGCCUCAAUGGACCAUUGUUUUUGGCUGGAGCGGGUACCUUCGUGGCUUGUUUGGGAGUUAUUUGCUUGCCGGAUGAUGUGAUGAAGGGGAACGAGAUUUAGAUAUACUGGUGAAAUAAGGACAGAAACGGGAACAGAAAACCCAAUAGGAUAAAGAGGUAUGUUGUAAUGAGCAUAUGGCGGGUAUAAAGGGAUUUGAGAGCGUCAUUAUGAAGACUUUUACAUAAUUGAAGUCGAUAAGAUAUCAUAAUCUUCAUGCUCAUGAAGAUAGAGCGAUGGAAGACCGAUCUUGAGAAAAGUAGAGAGCCAGCAUAGUGUUCAGAAGCUUAACAAUAUGUGAAUAUGAAACUUGAAUGUA